AUGGUACGAGCAGACAAUGCACCGGCUCCUUCUCCAAAGCCCUCCACGGCGAAGCGGCCUCCGCCCCCGUCUCCGCCGCUGCCACCGCAGCAUUCUCCGGCCGCUUCUCCGAAGCCUGCUCCGCCGACUCAUUCGCCGUCCCCGUCAAAGUCUCCGGCUGCUUCUCCGCCUAAGGCUUCUCCGGCGGUCUCUCCUGCGGUGUCAAACCCUCCGGUGACGGCGCCGUCGGUUUCUCCGGCAAAGUCUCCUGCGACUUCCCCCGCCGUCAGCCCGUCUGCUGGUGGCUCUACGCCAACUUCGUCUCCGGCUGCGGCGACUCCUCCCCCGACGGUUUCCACUCCGGUGAGUGCCCCAGAAUUAAGUCCGGUUGGGGCGGAUAGUCCCGUUGGGGCUCCGCCACCAGCGGAGGGCCCGGAGAUUGCGGCGACUCCCGAGGCGCCGGGGUUGAUUCCUUCGACUUCAGCGACUCCGGCUGAUUCUCCGAUGGUGUUCCCAUCGAGUGGUAGCCCACCAAUUUCGACACCGGCGAGCCUGUCACCGGAAACUGCUCAGGGUCCGGUUGGUGAUGGGUCGGGUGUGGUUUCAAAGUACGAGGUCCAUGUCGUUUUGAGCAGCCUGGCUAUGUUCGCCGCUGCUUUGGCUUUCUAA